UUUCUACUGUGUCUGUGUGAACAACCCAAGUUGCCGCUUGACAAAAUUGAAAUUUUUUGGCAUAAAAUAUUAUCACCGGCUGCACUAAUUAGUCGCAAAGUGUACAUGAAAGUGCCAGGAAUGAUUUUCAACUGAAAUAGUGGCAGGUGCGUGAGCCAUUGUCAGUGCAAAUCACAAACGAAAAACAAAAAAGUUGAGCCCAACGCAAAACGCACUGUGAAAAAAUGCGAAUGUCGUCGUCGUCGUUGUCGUCGUUGCUGCUGUCGCUGUCGUCGCCGCUUUGAGUGUACGUGCGCCGCGUUUCGCACGGCAGCUGCGCUGCUACCAAAAAUUAAAGGUGUGAAUUUAAUUAAAAUAUAAAUCGUGGUGUCCUAACAUACAUCAGAUUAUAUCAGCAAACCUAUUGCUUAUCCAGACAUCGUUGUCAGGAAUGUGCUAAAAUUAUAUAUAUAUAUAAAAAAAAGAAAAUUGAAGUAAGCAAAUAAGGCAAAAUAACUGUGCCCUGUGUUCAAAUUCUAUAAGCGAGUGGGAGCGAAAGAGCAAAGAGAGUACGCGCAGUAUCACACACACACACUUACGCUCAGCAUAAGCACGGGAGAGCGGAAAACAAUCAUCAUUUGUGUGUAACGAAUUUAAAACAACUACAACAACAAGGAAACAAGCUGCUAGCAGCAACAACUACAGCAACAAAAGCAACAACAUCAAUUGAAUCUUCUACUUGAGCAGGCUUCACGCAUAUUAAAUGCCAAGAUAAGUCGUUAUACUAUCAACACCGCCAUCAACAUAACACAGCAACUGCAACAACACCAACAACACGAACAGCUCAAGGAAGUGCCCAGCAUACCGUUAAGGAGUCAGAGUCGUGGUCGUGCAUUACGUGGCACAAAGUAUUGCAAGACGCCAAACUCAACGGCAAAAGUCGCCAACAUAACACAUAAAAUAUUUGGCUGGCUACGCAAGACGCGCACCAAGAAACCAGUCGCAAUUCUCGGCAGCGGCGGCAGCAGCAGCGGCACCACCACUGAAUUCGAGGACGAGGACGAGGGCGACGCGGCCGUGGGCGAGGGCGUGGGCGUGCGUGGGGGCGUGGUGAGGCGUGCAACCGGCACUGCAGCCGAAAAUAUAUCUCAAUUGUCAAACGUUGGAAUCAAAGCCGGCAAGCUGAAUACCACACAGUCAGCCACGGAGACCGCCGCCAUCGAUACAAACGAACCCAAAUCUGAAAAGAUGUCAUCGGGCACGUUUGUGGAUCGAAUCGACCCGUUCGCCAAACGUUCGCUCAAAAAGAAGAGUAAAAAAAGUCAAGGUUCCUCGCGCUACAGAAACUCUCAGGAUGUUGAGCUGCAGCAAUUGCCGCCACUAAAAGCUGAUUGCUCGAGCCUCGAACAGGAGGAGUUGUUUAUACGGAAAUUACGUCAGUGUUGCGUAUCAUUUGACUUUAUGGAUCCUGUGACGGACUUGAAGGGCAAGGAAAUCAAACGUGCUGCUCUCAAUGACCUAUCCACCUAUAUAACACAUGGUCGCGGCGUGCUUACGGAGCCGGUCUAUCCCGAAAUAAUACGCAUGAUUUCUUGCAAUUUAUUUCGAACAUUGCCGCCUAGUGAAAAUCCGGAUUUUGAUCCAGAGGAGGAUGAUCCAACACUGGAGGCGUCUUGGCCCCAUUUGCAGCUGGUAUACGAGGUGUUCUUGCGCUUUUUGGAAUCCCAAGAUUUUCAGGCGACCAUUGGCAAACGUGUGAUCGAUCAAAAGUUUGUGCUGCAGUUAUUGGAACUGUUCGACUCGGAGGAUCCGCGAGAGCGUGACUUUCUGAAGACGGUCUUGCAUCGCAUCUAUGGCAAAUUCUUAGGCUUACGUGCUUUUAUACGAAAACAGAUCAAUAACAUAUUCUUGAAAUUCAUCUAUGAGACGGAGCACUUCAAUGGCGUUGGUGAACUGCUCGAGAUUCUUGGCAGCAUCAUCAACGGCUUUGCCUUGCCAUUGAAGGCGGAACAUAAACAAUUUUUGGUUAAGGUCCUGUUGCCGUUGCACAAAGUCAAGUGCUUGUCGCUCUAUCAUGCACAGCUGGCGUAUUGCAUUGUACAAUUCCUAGAGAAGGAUCCAUUCCUCACCGAGCCGGUGGUGCGUGGCCUGCUCAAAUUUUGGCCCAAGACAUGCUCCCAAAAGGAGGUGAUGUUCCUGGGUGAAAUUGAGGAGAUCUUGGAUGUGAUCGAUCCGCCACAGUUUGUCAAAAUACAGGAGCCGCUGUUCCGUCAGAUAGCCAAAUGCGUAUCGAGUCCACAUUUUCAAGUUGCUGAACGUGCUCUAUAUCUGUGGAAUAACGAAUAUGCCAUGUCGCUUAUCGAGGAGAACAAUCCUGUCAUAAUGCCCAUCAUGUUCCCGGCGCUCUAUCGCAUCAGCAAGGAGCAUUGGAAUCAAACGAUUGUUGCGCUUGUUUACAAUGUAUUGAAAACGUUUAUGGAAAUGAAUUCAAAGCUAUUCGAUGAGCUAACAUCCAGCUACAAGGCGGAAAGGCAAAAGGAAAAGAAGCGUGAACGCGAUCGUGAGGAGCUGUGGAAGAAGCUGCACGAACUCGAAUCAAAUCGUUCCAGCGGGCGCGCCGCAGGCGGCAGCGCUGCAACGGCAAACAGUGCAACGUCCGCUGCGGCGGCGUCGGCUGCUGCAGCUGCUGCUGCGUCGACGUCGGGUUCGUCAUCAAGCACAGCCAACUCUCAUCAGCAACAGUCGAAUAGCAGCAACAGCGUUGCCGCUGACAAUAAUCCUGCGACAGCAAAUGCAAAAAAUAAAUCCGAGAAGCCAGACAACUAA